CCACCUUUGAAACGAGGAGUAUGGAACGGAGAACCGACCACCAGACAUCCAAAGCAAUACGUGGAUCACUUUGUGACUCUAGUCGAUUCUGACGUUAUUUCCAGACCGAAGCACUGCCACCAGAACCAUCUUCAUCAUCCUCAUCCUCAUUCUCAUCGUCAUAACAUCCAUGAUCGACAGGGGUGGUAAAUCACCGUGCGACCAGACUUUGGCUACGCUCGGUCGAUCCGCUCUGGUUUGGUCGUGGUUGUCGUGACUGCCAUCAAGGUAUGAAAUGAAACGAGAACGACUUCUUUAAGAAGAGACGUGGCUGUAUUCCUAUUGAAGGGGCCCUCUGUGAGUAAGUGAGUGGGUGCGUGUGGACGUUGUUCGUUCACCAAGUGCCGAGGGGCCUUUGACGUGGUUGGAAACCAGGGCAAACCCCACUGAAAGUGAGGCGACCAAAGGCAAUUGGACGGGGUUUAACGACACUCUCACUCCUCGUCCUCUUGCCAAUCCUCGUCCUCGUCCUCACUUGCGGCUGGAUCACAUCCGCACGUACACACCUUGAAUCCAAGUGGUGCACCUCUCACUCAGUGAGUGUGCGACCGUCCGUCCGUUCGUGGUCCGUUCGUCCAUUCGUACGUACCUACUUCAUACCUACGUAUUUAGUAGGGGAGGGGGGAAUUGCAAGUACGAUAUUUCUGUGGAGCGCGCCAAUUUACUACUUUCAAGGCAAUCAAUACGGCCGAAAAGGAGAAGGGAAAAAAAAGAAUUAUCCGCUCACCUUGAUCCCGCAUACAGCAUACAGUAGUAGCAUUUGGUGUCUUGUGUGUUUGUGUGUGUGUCCCUCCCAGUGAGUCCCGACAGUUAGUGUGUUGGUCGAAUUGCGAGUCAGAAUUCGUGGCAUUUCGCUUUGAAUCAACACAAAGACCAGUCUGAUUAGUUCCUCGAAUUCACAAUGAGUGCCGUCCAGUCUCCGUCCUCACAAGCUCAACAACGGGACGAUCGCUUGAACAAUAAAGUGAAUGCAGACAGUGAGGGUGGUCUGGUCGAGGCCGAUCUGUUGCAAAUGGAUCAGAUCCGUCCUGAGCAUGUGCUCCGGUUGAAGAAAGUCACCGAGAACUAUCUGUGUCAACCCGAGGCCAACGUCUACGGCAUCGACUUCACUCGCUUCAAGAUCCGCGAUAUGGAGACCAACGCCACUUUGUUCGAAAUCGCCAAGCCUCCGGGACAGCCCGUGCCCGUGGAUGAGCACGACCCGAAUGUGGGUCGCUUCGUGCGCUACCAGUUCACGCCCGAGUUCCUCAAACUGCGGCAUGUGGGCGCCACCGUGGAAUUCACGGUGGGUGCCACGCCCGUGAAGGACUUCCGCAUGAUUGAGCGGCACUUCUUUCACGAGAAGCCCUUGAAGACGUUCGAUUUCGAGUUCGGCUUCUGCAUCCCCAACUCCAAAAAUACCUGUGAGCACAUCUAUGAUUUUCCUCAAUUGGACGACAACACCAUUCGGCAAAUGGUCACUGAGCCGUACGCCACACGAUCAGACAGUUUCUACUUUGUCGACGGCCGCCUCGUCAUGCACAAUAAAGCCGACUACAGCUACAACGGCAAUAACGGCGACAACCGAACAUAAAGCAACAACGGCCCACGAGAUUCUAAUGCGACGAUUAUAUCAAAUAUCAUUAUCAUUAUUAUUAUUAUUAUUAUUAUCAUUAUUACUACUCCUAUUAUGAUUAUUUUUUAUUAUUAUGAUCAUCACCACCAUCCGUCCAACCAGCAUCGAACCAAAGUCCNCCUCCCCCUCCCCCCUCCUUUACAUCUCUACUAUGCUCUAAAACAUCCAUCCCCCAACUGACGUCAUCCGUCGCGACAAAAAUUCCCCCACUUAACACCCCCUCGCACGGGUUUCAAUUUUGAAUUUCAGAUUCUGACUCUAUUGCUUGUCUUCGCUUGCGUUCGUGAAUCCUUCGCCAAAGAAUGAAACCCACGCAUGAAGAGAUCCAACCCAUCCCAUCGAACCUAUCCUCCGUAUGAUUUCCACUCGAGACAACUGUGAUCAAGCCUCAAUUCAACCAAAGUGUUCUCAAGUUUCCUACAUCUUCAUCGUCAACUACUUCUUUAAGCUAUUGUUUCUCUCGAGUCUCGCUCCAAAGCACACAACCCAAUGCGUUCGCUGUCGUUUGGUCAGUUUAUUCAUCGGUCAUUCAUUUAGUUACCGUGUUCCAACAUUGUGUACAUCACCUUUGAAAUGCACAAAAUCAUAUCUGACAA